AUGACCACCCAACUCGACACUGCAGAAGAAUUCCGCGGAAUCAUCGGCAAGGAAAAAGGAAGACUCCAGCGAUAUGAGACCCGAAUCGAAGAGCGUGUUCGAGCACGCAAAAGUCAGAGGCUGGAGCCUGCAUUCUAUGCUAUCCACAAGCAAAGCAUCCAGGAGAACAAUGAUGCACAAGUUCAAGUUCAGGGACGCUUGAUCGAGGAGACCACUUCGAUGGAUACCAAUAUGGCCAAGCGGCGAUUGAAGUUGCGCGAGGAACAGACUGCUCGUGAGCGGGAGCACACGGACCAUGCAAUCAUGCUGAAGGAGCUUCAACGCCUGCUUUUUGAGGGGCGAACUUUUCAUGAGAACAUUGAAGAUAAUCUGGAGAAAGUCAUGAGGGAAGCUGCUCAGGCACACGUGUCGAUGGAGUACGAGUCCAAAAUACAGAACUUGACUCAGGAGCUGGACGAGGUGCGCAAGCGGCUGCUUGUGUCGGAGGAGAAGCUCAAACUGAUUUCCCCCCUGCUGAUCAAGAUGCACCAGUUGGUCGAGGAACAACGCCAUGCCGAAUUAGAGACAGAAAAGAAACAGCCAGGACAUUGUGUGGCGUGUCUGCAUCAGCAGACUGUUGGAAGUCGCACACAAUUGGGUAGCCUGACGAAUCGCCCGAAGGAUGAUUGGUUGUGCACGCAAGACUGUGCUGCCAUCCAGCAAAUUCAAGAGCGUCCCUCACUGCUCACACGAGAAGACGCAACCUCAUCAAGUUCUGCAAGAAUCGGACCCAAGACUACAGAAUUGUCUUCCCAGCAAAUAAAACCUGAACGUGAGGACAUCGCUGGACCGUUUUGGCAACAGGCGCCUGCUGCUGAAACCGUCGAAGCAGCAUGUGCUGAGAGCCCUAUGGACCUGCUCGCCCACAUCCGCGAGCUGGCAGGAGAGGACGUCCUCAGUCUCUACGCCAAAUGGCGAGAGAAGCUUCGGCAUGUGAAGGAUUAA